AUGAAGGGCCUGAGCAGCCGGGCGCAUCACCAGCUCGUCUCCUACGAACCCUCCUACGACCACAUGGGGCACCACAUGGACCGCAAGCCCUUCCUCAUCAGCCAGAUGGACAUGCCCGUGCCCAUCCAGAUACCCAACCCGGCCGAGAUGUCCUACUACAACCCCCAGCACGCCGGGUACCCGUCGGACAGCAACAGCAUCGUCCCCUACGGCACCUUCCCGCGCCGCUGCCACUCUACCUCCUCGUCUCACCACGCCGACAGCAAAGACGAAAGCAUGGCGGUCGUCCCGUACGUGGGCGGAGGAGGAGGAGGAGGAGGGAGCGCCUACGGAGGGAAAACCCCGACCAGAGUCCCGGCGAACUACGAAUUCGAGCGGCAAUCGUCGUUUUCGAGAGACGGGUACCACACGCUGCAGUACAAACGGGGCAUGGUGGCGCACGCGGGCGGAGCGAUGCCGCCCAACAACAAUAAUAACGACAGCCCGGGCAGGAUUAGGCAUCUGGUUCAUUCCGUCCAAAAGCUUUUCACGAAAUCGCACUCGCUGGAAGGCCCGCACCACACGCCGUCUGUCAAGGGGCCGAGCAACGGCAGCGUGAGCGUCAUGGGCGGGGACAGGGUGGGCGGGGAGAGAGGCGGCGGCGCCAGAGCGAGCCCGGACGGCGAAUCGAACCCGGGCGGCGGCGGCGGAGGAGGAGGAGGAGGCAGCCGCCAUCGGAAGCGCAGCAAAAGCCGAGAGCGCUGCCGGUCGGCCGAGCCCAAGCACCGCGCGCACUACCACCACCACCAGCUCCACGGCUCCGCCUCCGCCCCCGGGUCCGGCUACUGGAGCUCCGACGACAACCUGGAGCGAGAGCUGUGCCUGUACCACCCGCACCACCAACAGCAGCCGCCGCCCUCGCCCACGCCGUCCAUCUCGCCGUCCCCCAUCGCCAUGACCAUCAGCCGCUACCCGGGCCAGCCGCCGCCGCCGCCCGACCCCGGCUACCCGCACACCCCGCUCACGGCGUCGCAGUCGCAGCAGUACUUCGGCAUGAUGGACCCGUACGGCACGCUGAACGAGCACACGCCGCUCACCCACUCGCACUCGCACCACGGGCACCACUCGUCGUCGUCGUCGUCCCACGCGCACCACCACGGGCACCACCACCACGGGCACCACCACGCUCACCAGCCGCUCAAAGUGUCGAGGAGCAACGACGUCAUCAGCAAGUACGCGCCCGCGCCGCCGGGGAUCAGCGCGAGCAGCAAUAACACGCCCACGCCGAUGGACCGAGGAGAGCGAGGAGACAGAGGAGACAGAGAGAGGUCGAGCGGCGCGUUGAUGCCGUUAAGUUUGGCGGACGGGAGGGACAAGAAGGGGGCGUGGUCGUCCAGUUUAACGGUGAGCAGAGCCCGAGACGUCUUCACCAACCAGCACACGAGACCCCAGAGCCCCGCAGCCGGUAACCUAAACCUAGAUAGAGCGCUAGUGAAAGCUCAGGCCAGUCAGCAGCAGCAUUUCCUACAGGUGCCUCAGGACGACUGGGGCGGCUUCUGUCCGCUGGUGAAGGAGGACGAUAUUCCGUGCCGGAGGAUGCGCAGCGGGAGCUACGUCAAAGCUAUGGCCGAGGACGACAGCGGAGACUCAGACGGAAGCCCCAAACCUUCGCCCAAAGUCCAGGCGCGACGAGCCAGCUACCUGAAGGCCACGCAGCCCUCGCUCACCGAGAUGACCACGCUACAGAUCUCCACAGAGCACUCCCCGAAGCUGCAGAUCAGGAGUCACAGUUACCUCCGCGCGGUGAGUGAAGUGUCCAUAAACCGCAGCCUGGACACCCUGGACCCCAAAGCCCUGCUCGACCCCAAGAGUCUGCUGUCGUCCCCCCAGUAUCGCUCCAGGAACGAGAGCUACAUGAGGGCCAUGAGCACCAUCAGCCAGCUGAGCGAGGUGGAGGUGAACGGUCAGAUCGAGCAGGUUUGCGAGCAGGUCUACAGCGAGCUCCAGUCCCAGGCCAUGGACGGGGGCAUGGACAGUCUGGAGCCCAUGGACACGCUGCCCAUGCCCGGCUGCUUCCGGAUGCGGAGCCCCAGCUACGUGCGGGCGAUCGACCAGGGCUGCGCCAGCGAGCACGAGGGCGAGGGGGGGAGGCCUCUGCUGCUGCUGCCGUCCUCGCCGCCCCGGACCACGGCCACCACCGUCCGGACCAUCCAGAGCAGCACAGUUUCGUCCUGUAUCACCACCUACAAGAAGACUCCGCCCCCUGUGCCGCCCCGAACCUCCACCUGCUCCACCUCCAAACCCUUCAUCUCCAUCACAGCGCAGAGCAGCACCGAGUCAGCCCAGGACGCGUACAUGGAGGAGGAGGGCCCCCGCGGUGACAUGACCAUCCAAUCAGGACUGUCCAACUCCACGGAGAGCAUCGACAGCAUGAAGGCUCUCACCGCCGCCAUCGAGGCCGCCAACGCUCAGGUGCACGGUCCGGCCAGUCAGCACGUCAACAACCACGCCCCGCUGAAGACCCACGCGCCGGCGGUCAUCAGCCGGGGAUCGAUGGUGGACGAGCCGGACGACUACAGGAAGGACGCGCUGAGGAAGGGGAAGUGUCUCUCCAUCGGGAUACAGGUGGACGGUCCAGACGACAUCCCGGACCCAGACGACCCGUCCAAGUUCACCUCUGUGGGGGUCCAGGUGGAGGACGACAGAGGGUACCGCCGGUUCCAGCGCUCCAACAGCGUGACGGCAGCAGUGCAGGCGGACCUGGACAUCGCCGACCUGCUGGACACCCCGCUGACCUCGGACACGGAUCUGGAGGUUCUGUCGUCGGGGCCGGUCUCCAGGCAGUUCUCCAGAGAAGAAGCUCCGCCCUCCACCUCCACCGUCAGCAUCCAGGGCUCAGGGAACCACUACCACGCCUGUGCCUCCGACGAGUACGACGACGUGGGCUUCGACCCGUCCAUCCUGCCGCCGCCGGACCCCUGGAUCGACAGCGUGUCCGAGGAUACGCUGGACAUGGACUACAGCAGCUCCGCCCUGCUCGAGGCGGUGCAGCGGUCGGUGUGUCAGAGAGACGGACGUUGGUUCCUGAAGCUGCUCCAGGCCGAGACCGAGCGCAUGGAGGGCUGGUGCAGGCAGAUCGAAGAGGACCAGAGAGAGAACGCCCUCCCCGAAGACAUCCUGGGUAAGAUGCGCAGUGCGGUGGGCAGCGCUCAGCUCCUCAUGUCUCAGAAGUUCCAACAGUUCAGGGAGCUCUGUGAGGAGAACCUGAACCACAGCGUGCACCCUCGCCCCGUGGCCUCGGACCUGGCCGGGUUCUGGGACAUGCUCCAGCUCUCCAUCGAGAACAUCAGCCUGAAGUUCGACGAGCUCCACCAGCUCCGCGCCAACGGCUGGAGACCCCUGGAGGUGCCCGACCGGAAGGAGCGACGCCUGCCCCCUCCUGUGCCCAAAAAGCCGGGUAAAGGCUCCGCCCACCCUCCGCUGGCACGAGACCGCUCCCUGGAGAGUUCGGACAAAAGCCGCCACGACGCCCGCAAGCGCCUCCUAGCCGCCAAACGGGCCGCCUCGGUCCGACAGAACUCGGCCACGGAGAGCGCGGACAGCAUCGAGAUCUACAUCCCCGAGGCUCAGACCAGACUGUAG